ACUUCCGCUGCGACGAACAAGAACUCCAGACGUUGUAUUAUCUCUCUUACUCUUAACAGUCUGUCGAGUAACUGCAAGAAAUCCUUACACCAGCGUAACCCAGGCAACCAGAUCAACACCUGAGGAAGUGGUCUUACAGAGGAGAAAUCUCUGCGUUAGAAGAACUACAAUAUCAAAUAGUUUAAAUUUCAUGUAACAGAAAAAAAAAAGAAAUAAAAAAUAUAUAUAGAUUUUAUUAUACUUAUCAUGGCUCUCCCGUCAGCGAAGAACGAGCAUGUGGAUACAAAGAUGACGUCAGAAUCGAGUUCAGAAAGCAAACAAGGUUGUUUACUGAAAGAUCAAGGACUAGAAGAUCUAGUGAAGGACGUCACGGCCUCGACCAAGGAGUCUCUAGAAAAUAAAGCAGGGUUUCCACCAUCCAUACACGAUGCCGUGUCUCGGGUACUGAAAGGUUACGACUGGACAUUUGUGCCCACUCCAACAAAGCACAAUAAUUCGGACAAACGGCGACCUUAUGUAAAACGCCCUAUGAACGCCUUUAUGGUCUGGGCCCAGGCAGCUCGACGUAAACUAGCCGGCCAAUACCCUCACCUUCAUAACGCUGAACUUAGUAAGACUCUGGGACGAUUGUGGAG